AUGCCCUUUCGAACAGAAAUCUUCCAGAAGAGAGUCGACGCUUGUCGCCGUCUCCUCUUUCUUACUGAUCCCGUGUUCGAUCGAGAGACCCUCAAAGGUACAAAAGGACAGAGGACCCCUGGGACCUGCGAGUGGAUAUGCGAAAAUAGUAUCUAUCAAUCCUGGCGCGAUGACGAAGACUCGCGAUGCAUUUGGCUGUCUGGAGGACCGGGCAAGGGGAAGACUAUGCUCUCGAUAUUUCUGACAGAGGAGAUCGAGACACGAAUGGAAGCUGUAGAGGAUACAAAGCUCCUCUUUUACAUGUGCAGUCAUCAAGACGAAAAGCGCAACAAUGCCGCGGCUAUAAUGAGAAGUCUGAUUUAUCAAAUCCUUACGAAAAGCCCACGCUUGUUCGAGCAUGUCUCAUCGUAUUUCGAGGAUUCUACAAGAGUCCAGGCUGCCCUGUCGUCGCCGCACAUUCUGUGGACCAUAUUGAAACUGAUGCUGCAAGCAAACACUGACACAAUAUUUUGUGUGCUUGAUGGGCUUGACGAAUGCGACGAUGAAUCAGUACGACUAAUCGUGGAGAUGUUUCGACAAUAUUUCCUCUCGUGUCCGAUCAAGUCCACGGGGAAGUUCAAAUUGAUCAUCGUCAGUCGGAGGGUUGCCGGGCUUGAUGUUUUCCCUCACGUGAGAUUGGAUCCUGAUAACAACGACAAUGUGAGCGGUGAUAUUCAGAGUUUCAUCUCAGAGAGAAUUUCUCGACUCCAAGAGAUACGAGGAUUCGACGAAAUUCAAGAAUAUGUUGAGAAUUCCCUUCUGAAGAGAGCCCAAGGCACUUUCCUAUGGGUGGGAUUCGUUACAGACGAGCUUAGAAAGAAGACGACGUGUACCGAGAUCGUGGAAACCCUGAAAGACCUCCCAGCCGGUCUACCUGCAAUUUACAGCCGAGUGCUGAUGCAGACUGAAGAAUGUCACCGGCCCAUGAUUGCCAAGAUUCUGCGGUGGGUGACCACGGCAGUCAGACCCUUGAAUUUGCGAGAGCUAGCAGCAGGUAUCGGCCUUGAAUCUACGGAUGUUCUCAAAAAGGGCCAGAUCAUGCUCGACUACAUCCGCCUGUGCGAAAAUCUCCUCGAGGUUCAUGAUAAAAAAAUCACUUUGGUUCACCAGUCCGUACGGGACUACUUGCUACAAGGAACCCUCGCGAGUGACCCCAUACUUGGACAAUUCCAUAUUAAAGAAGAUGCCGCGCAUUUUGAGAUCGCAGAAACAUGUGUCCAGCAAUUGGAAUGCGGCUUUUCUAGCCAAUGGAAUGGAGAAUACGAUGAGUCAAUCGGCUGGAAAUACCAGCAGUUUGAACUCCUGGAAUACGCCAUACUCCAUUGGACAGAGCAUAGGUUCUGGGGCUUCAAACCACCCGUGAUUGUCAACAAGCGGAACAACCAGGGGGAAAGUCCACUGAGUAUUGCAAGCUCGCAGGGGCACGAGGCUACUGUGAAGUUACUCAUUGAGAGAGGCGCCAAGACCAAGGGUGACGAAUCGAGUGCACUCGUGAGAGCAGCAAGCGGGGGUCAUGUAGGUGUUGUCAGAAUUCUGCUUGACAACGGAGUUAGUGUCAAUCAAGAAGAUGCGGAUGGGCAUACGGGGCUAAUCGAGGCUGCAAGAAGCGGACAGGAGGAUGUUAUGAAGCUCCUACUUGAAAAGGGUGCUGAUCCUAACAAAAGUAGCAACUAUGAUGUACCAGCACUGACAUGGGCCAUAUUGAGAAAUGCACCCGCUGAGAAAAAAACAGCUGCGGUGACACUGCUACUUGGCAAGGGAGCUGAUAUUAAUCAGGCAGAUGGGUUUGGAAAUACGGCUCUGAUAGAGGCCGUCAGGAAUCGAGAUGCGGAGAUGGUCAAGUUACUGCUUGAGAAAGGCGCCGACUAUAAGCGAGAGAACCAGCAUGGGAUGUCAGCUAUGAGGGAGGCGCGAAAGGAUAUACGGACGGAGCAUGGUGGCAUCGUGAGACUCUUGCGAAAGGCGGCAGAAGAAGAUCUGGAGCCUUGCAGAUUUUUCUGGCCUAAGGAUGAAGGCUAUAUUCCUUCGUGCUCUUGCGAGGAGUGCUAA